AUGGGCGGAGACUACGAGGAGGACUGGGAGCUCCUGGAGAAGAAGCUGGAGGACAAGACGGCGGAGAAGGCGCAGAAUGGGUCGGCCCGCGAUCACGAUGCCGCCGCCGACGGUCGCGGUUCGCGCGGGGAGAAGCGCGACAGGGACCGGCGGGACAGGGACGACUCCAGGGACCGCGGAAGGGAUCGAGGAGACCGACGCAGGUCUGACAGCAGGGAUCGACGCCGAGACCGCGACCGGGGCCGGAGGGGCAGGUCCCCGCGCCGAUCAAGGUCCAGAUCCCGAGAUCGCCGCGACAGGAGGAAGAUGACGAGCGAGGAGCGCGAGGCGGAGCGAAAGCGUCGAAAGGAGGAGAAGGAGCUGGAGCGCCAGAAGGCUGAGCUCGAGAAGCUCGAUCGGGACACGCGCACGGUGUUCGCGUACAACCUGUCCACAAAGGCGGACGAGCGCGACAUCUACCAAUUCUUCAGCAAGGCUGGCACCGUCAACGACGUUCGAAUAAUCUACGACAGGAACACGCCGCGGAGCAAGGGCAUGGCGUACAUCGAGUUCGCGGACAAGGCGAACAUCACCGACGCGCUCGCGCUGACCGGGCAGAUGCUCAGGAACCAGGUCGUCAUGGUCAAGGCCAGCGAGGCUGAGAAGAACAUCGCCUGGGAGGCUGAGCAGGCGCAGAAGAAGCUCGAGAUGAAGGCGCUCGGCGCGACGGAUCCGGCGUCCGCCGCGGCGGCUGUCAACGCGCAGGCGCACGGCAACGGCCCUUGUAAGCUACAGGUACACGGUCUCGACGUCAACAUCGGCGAGACCGACCUGAAGGCUGUGUUCGAGCCCUUCGGCGAGACGGAUUUCAUCUCGAUCCAGCGGGACUCGACGGGACGGAGCAGGGGCGUCGGCUUUGUUCAGUACAAGCAGACUCAGCACGCGGUGCUCGCCAUCUCCCAGCUCAACGGCCUGGAGCUCGUGGGGCAGUCUCUCAAGGUGACGAUGGCGCCCAUCGCCGCGAGCACCCUCAACGCGGCGCAGGCUGCGAGCAUGGUGACGGACAAAAUCGACGAGCAGGAGGGCGUUCGACUGGACAGCAGGUCCCGCGCCGCGCUGAUGGCCAAGCUGGCGGGUCAGGAUGAGACCCAGGGCGCGCUUUACAGCGGUGGUAUCGACCCGAAGACCGGUCUGCCCGUCUCCGCGGAGGAGAUGGCGGCGGCUCAGAGGGCGGCGCACAUGACCGAGGUUGAGUUUGCGCAGGGCGUGUUGGGCCCUGCUUCGCCAAUCCCGACGCAGUGCUUGCUGUUGAAGAACAUGUUCGACCCAGCCGAGGAAACGGAGCCCGAGUGGUGGAUCGACAUCGGCGAGGACGUCAAGGAUGAGUGCUCGAAGCACGGCCCGGUGAGUCACAUCCACGUGGACAAGGAAUCGCGUGGGUUCGUGUACCUGAAAUUUGGGUCAACCGAGGGUGCCAGCGCGGCGCGGCAGGCGCUUCACGGGAGGUGGUUUGCGGGAAAGAUGAUCGCUGCGGAGUUCCAGUUCGUGCCGGUGUACAACAAGCACUUCGGUAUCUGA